AUGGAAACAAAAACGUCGUAUAGUGAUGAAUUUUUUCUACAAUGUGUCUCAAACUACAGGCCUUUAUAUGACAAAGCCGAUAAGCGUUACAAGUCACUGCUACAAAAAGAAAAUUGUUGGGCUUCAGUAGCCAAAUCCUUAUCUUGCACAGUGUCAGAAGCAAAAGCCCGCUUCAAAAGCCUGAGAGAGAAAUAUCGAAGGGAAUUACAGGCAAUAGAAAAACUGGAGAGAAGUGGGGCUCCUGCUUCAGCCAGACCUGUGUGGCCACUAAUGAGUUUUUUUAAAUUCAUGUAUAAAUGUGGAGAGGAGUCACAAAUGCAAACAACUUCAAAUUUUCAUUUGGAAGAAGAUACAUCACAUUCAUCACAAACACAACCAACCAUUUCAGAGGAAGAAUUCGGAAUUGAGGAAGAAUAUAAUUUUCUCGAUAAUUUUCCUUCUACAAACUACACUAAUAAUCCACCAAUACCAGCAACACCUACAUCAAUAUCUGAACCCACACCCAAAAAAAUGAAAAUGAAGGCUGCAUUACAACCAAAAAAUAUUACCGAUAGAUAUGAACUAUUUUCGAAAUUUUUGGCUUCAGAACUUAGAAACAUUUCUGAGCCACAUGCCUCAAUUUUAAUGGAAGAGUUGCAGGUGGUUAUAAUAAACUACAAAAGAGAAUUAAGAGCUCCUGAAGACCAAAUACAAUAG